GUUUGUUAUGCAUAAAAGGCAAUCGUAUCACGUCUCCUUAUUUUUAUACUGAAGGAUGUCUUGUUUUUGGGAUACUUUUUCGCCAUCAGUAAACACACUUUUUUGUUCAUUUUAUGGAUCGGCGUUACUGUAAAAGAGAAGUAAAAGACAUAAAAUUCAAAGGUUCUUUUACCUGUCAUGUUCGUCAUGGAGGUUUCACAAACCAAUUUUUGAAAGUAGAUAAUCUCAGCAGACUGUUUAUAGCUUCGUUGAACAACAGAGAUUGCAUAGCUACUUCAAAUACAAGUACUUUUAAAUGUUAUAUGUUCUGUUGUCGAAUCUUAAUGAAAUACAGAAAAGUACGAACUGUCUAUUUCUGUGCCAUAUGCUCUUAUUCAGACAGGAACAGAUUUUUAACUGCAAAGGACAAAGAUAGAGUGACGUUGUCGGCGACGCCUAUUUCUGAACAUGUAACGAAUAUAAUUUUCAACACAGAAAAAGUAAAUUUGACAGACCCAAGAUAUUUCAUCUACACCAAAACGGCCACAGGGAAAUCAGUAUUUGAAUCGGCAGCGUAUCCAGGUAGAUUGUUAACUUGGGAUGGUGAAAGAGUAUGUCUCAAGUCUUAUAAUAGAUUAGACAAACAUUGUAUGACUGAAGAUGAUCGUAAUUUUGAAAUAAUUCGUUGUGUCAGAAACUAAUGUAGAUUUCAUAUAAUAUAUAUAUAUAUAUAUAUAUAUAUAUAUAUAUAUACAUGUAUGAACUUCAAUGAUACCACUAUGCUAAACACAUGAGGUUGUUGAAAUGUAAUUUAAGAUAAAACAAAUGUGAUUAUGCUUUUUAAGCGUUAUUAUAAUUUUUAGACUUUUGAAUAUUUGUAACUAUCUAGUCAUAUGUUUUACUGCAAUUAUAUGAUGCUGUUUGUAUAUACUAUGUUUUUGAUGCAGCAGGUGUCAGUACCCCGCUGGCGCAUGCCCCCGUUGUAAAGGGGUACUUCAUAAUAAAUUAUAUUCUAAAUGA